AUGCGGGAGGAACCGUUGGAAGGGCAUCCGGUUGGCACUCGCUAUGUGGAGCCGCUGACGGUGCGCCUGCUGGACGAGAACCGGCCGCUGAGCGCUGGCCGGCAGUACGAGCUUCGCUGCGAGACCGCCGGCUCGCGGCCCGCCGCCACCGUCACCUGGUGGAAGGACGGCGAGCAGCUGCCCGCCGUGCUGACUGUAGACCACAUGCGGCAAAGAACGAACGCGGACGGCAACGUGACGACCAGCGUGGCGCAGGUGGCGCCGGCGCUGGAGGACGCGGGCCGCCAGCUGUGCUGCCACGCCGCCAACGCCAGGGUGCAGGGCGGCGCCGUCAGCGACUGCUGGACGCUGCACGUCCGCUACAGCCCCGUCGUGUCUCUGGAGCUGGGCAGCAACAUCAACGGCAGCGCCAUCCGCGAGGGCGUCGACGUUUACUUCGAAUGCAACGUGCGCGCCGACCCCUGGAUACACAAGGUCAUCUGGAGGCACAACGGUCGCCAACUGCACAACAACGUGAGCGCGGGCACGCUGCUGAGCAACCAGACGCUCGUGCUGCAGGCGGUGACGCGGAACAGCUCCGGUCUCUACACCUGCGUCGCCAGCAACAGCGAGGGCGACACCGAGAGCAACGCCUUCAACCUCGACGUCAAGUUCGCGCCGGAGUGCCGGCCGGGCCAGCAGCUGGUGUGGGGCGCGGCUCGUCGCGAGGUGCUGCAGGUGCCGUGCGAGGUGGAGGCGCGCCCGCCAGCCCGCCUCUUCCGCUGGGCCUUCAACAGCAGCGCCGCCGCCUCCGAGACGCGCCCACUGGACGCCGGCGUGACGGCCGCCGCGCCGGGCCGCUCGGUGCUGCAGUACCAGCCCAUGGGCGAGCGCGACUACGGCACGCUGCUCUGCUGGGGCCGCAACGAGCUGGGCGCACAGGCCGUGCCCUGCGUCUUCCACAUCGUGCCCGCCGGGCGUCCGGACGCGCCGCAUAGCUGCGAGGUGAGCGGCCGGGGCGCGACCACGCUGCGCGUGACGUGCGCGCGCGGCAGCGACGGCGGGCUGCCGCAGCAGUUCACGCUGGAGCUGGCGGACGCGGAGCGCCGGCUGGUGGCGAACGUGACGAGCCGCGGCCGGCCCGACUUCCUGCUGGAGGGCCUGCAGCCGGGUGCGCGCUACACGGCGCUCGUGUACAGCAGCAACGGCAAGGGCCGCAGCCAGGGCAGCGUCGCCAUAAACGGUGAGGCCAUCCACGUCUUCUCUCCAAAGCUUUAG